GUCAUGACGUACAAUGGGACGUUUUCGAGAAGAUAAACAAAAAGGAAGGAAGCCUUCGGUCACAGUCGCGGCAAAAUUGGUUCAAAAAUUCAACUCACAGGCGACAAUUAGCGACUACAUGUGCAAUUGUGCUGCUUAGAUAAAUAACAUUAGGCAUUCACAGUCAUGGAAGACUCGAUAAUAUUUCGUAUGAGUGCAUUUUCCGAGCAAGGAGGAAGGAAAUACAUGGAGGAUGUUGUCGAGAUAAGAAUUGAGUACGAGCCGACGACGUCGCCCGUCGAAAAUGAUCCAAAGUCGCAGAGACAUGGAGGACAGGAAAAGGCAGAGAAUGAACCCAGUAAACAGACUACAAACGACACACACGAUCACACGGUUACUGCAGAGUGUGGUCCGGCUUCGGCGAUGUGGGUAGAGACUCUUACAAAUGAGGACAGCGGCGACAACAGUGGACCGGUAUUAUCAGACGGAAAAGUGUCCGAGCAUACUGUCGACACACGGAAGUCUGUGGCGUUUUUUGCUGUGUUUGAUGGCCACGGGGGUCGAGAAGCCGCACAUUUUGCAAGGGAACAUCUGUGGGAUUUGUUGAAAAGGCAGCGGGGGUUUUGGUCGAAGGAUCAUAGUGAGGUGUGUGCUGCACUUCGGAAGGGAUUCAUUGCUUGUCACCACGCAAUGUGGAAACAGCUACCUGAGUGGCCAAAGACUCUUACCGGUUUGCCCAGUACAUCAGGCACCACAGCCAGUGUGAUUGUGAUCCGUGGUGUUCACAUGUAUGUGGCCCAUGUAGGAGACUCAGCAGUAGUAGUAGGAGUGCAAGAAAAUGACUCUGAUAUCACGCUCCAGGCCCUUGAAUUAACAGAAGAUCAUAAACCUGAACUUCCUAAAGAGAAAGAAAGGAUUGAACGACUAGGUGGCAGUGUAAUGAAGAAGUCUGGGGUGAACCGGGUUGUGUGGAAGAGGCCUAGACUGACCCAUAACGGCCCAGUGAGGAGAAGUACUGUCAUUGAUCAAAUUCCAUUCCUUGCUGUGGCACGAUCCCUAGGUGAUCUAUGGAGCUAUGAUUUCUACAGUGGGGAGUUUGUGGUUUCUCCAGAGCCUGAUACCACUGUGAUGACUCUUGACCCCAAAAGGCAUCGCUACAUCAUCCUCGGCAGUGAUGGACUAUGGAACAUGAUGCCACCCAAGAAUGCUGUUAACAUGUGCAAUAGCCAUGACAAAAUGGUGGGACCAAAGGGAAUGUCUUGCGCCCGUCGGUUGGGAUGCACAGCUCUUCUUUUUUGGAAAGAGCGCAUGCUUCGUGCAGAUAAUACAACAGUUAUUGUCCUGGCCCUUCAGGACCGUGCUGGCCCUCCUAUCCCUAUGCAUCGAGAUGAGAUUGUUAUUGACAUGUCUAUGGGUAUUGACCAUGUUUCGUAUCCUGGAACGCCCUAUAACACGUGUCAGGUCCCAAAGCAGAGCGAUACAGCAAACGCUCCCUCCUCAUUCAAUGAAAGUCCCCCCACUCUGAUGCAGGCUCUGGGUCUGUGCGAAGCAGCGUUCUGUGCCACGUCACAGCUCUUACCGGACUCUGCGAGGACCGUGCCGCCUUCCCCAGAAGACUCACUUGACGAAAAGCAAGCCUCAACAACUGAAAUGGACUCUGCGACUUCUCCACCUCCGUUAAAAAGGUCUCGUCGGUCCCCACAUGUUGCCCCUGAACUUAAAGCCCCUCAUCGCCGCGUUGGCCGUCCCCCUAACAAACGUUUGCCUCAAAAGAUGUCACACAGCAAAGUACAAAGUGAACAGUCACAUCAGAGUCAUGCUCAAAAGACAGAAAAUAGCUCCUCUGAGGAAUGCACUAUGCUUCCACAGCACCACAAAGCUGCCUUAUGUGUGUGCUGAAUCUUGGCUCACAGAAAUGUAUUUUGAGACCAGAAGGAUAAUCCGUAUUAUUUUGACUUUGCUUGUGUGCCAGGUAUGCUGCAGACCUACUCAUAAAUGUAUACUUUUAUACAGUCUUUAUUUUGUAAAUAUGUGGCAAAUUUAAGAUUGUAAAUGUUGCUGUUUUGAUGCCCCCGCCCCCCUUUUUUUACAACUUGCUUUCAAUUAUUUUACCACCCGACCCGUUUGAAAAUUGAAUUAUUUGCAGAAAAUGAAAUUUUAAGAUUUGUUUAAUUUACGUGAUCUAUUUUCAUACGUUGAAGUAUACAGUUUAUUCAAAAGAUGUAUUUUGAAGAGCGUAGAUCUCUAAAAUCUGAGCUGUAAAAAUCAGGUCACCUGUUUAGAAUUGUGACAAAUGUGCAAUCUUCCACAAAAGAUUUUUAUGAAAUAACUAUUUAAAAUUGUUUUGACUCGACGGAUUCUGUAACAUGGCUAUCUUCCGAUGACUGAGGUCGCAAACAUGUCAUUUAAAAACUUUUACAUUUUAUUAUUACCACGGUUUUGUUUGUUUGUUUCUGUGUCUAAGGCUCACUUGCAGCAAAGAAUCCUUGGUCACGGUCAGCUAAAAGAAGCUAAAUAGAAAAAUAAUGGAAACACCCAACAAGCAUUUGACUCAGGUUAUGGUCUUGCCAUGUUUUACCGUACAUGGUUGUGUCGUUUACAAGGCCAGUUAUUUACUGUCCCUCUAUACAGUUAGCUCCUCGAUAUGAAUUUGAAGGCACGGGUCCUUUAACAGUUGUCUGUACUCAUAUUAGUCACAUCUUUUCUGAUCAAAUUAACUUACAGAAAGUGCUAUUUAUAAGCGUAUUUGUAUUUUAUGGUAGAAACACAUGUACAGGUUGUUGGUUGUACUGACAGUCUACCUACUGCUUUGGAAACAUACGAUCAGAACCUGUGCCUUGUUAAAAUUGGUCUUCAUAUGGCUUUGCCCUUCCUUUUGGGUGUCAAACUUUCAUUUAACUGUAUAUGCUCACUAAGCACUACCAGAACUGCGAUACGUCUUCCUCCUUGUUCAUCUAUGUUGGAACCUCUGUGUGUACUUUGAGAUCAUAACUUGUGUUUUAAUCCUCAUAUAACACACCUUAUGGUAUCAGUCUCAUACAAGUGCCCGAUUCAGAGUAGAUGUUAAAUUAUAGCAAAAUGUUAUAUAUAAAAAUAUGGCAGCUCAGUAACUGUUGAAGCAGAUUUGUUUUGUCUUUUUGUCUUGGUUGCCUUAGUACAAAUGAGUCAGUGGUGCUUUUCACAUAUUUUGACCCCAACAUGUAAAGAAUUCCCCAGGUGUGGCAAUGUGUGAAUCGCUGUGGUGCGGUUUUAAUCACUAACAAUCAUGCACUUUCCGUUCAGCACCACAUCGGUGUUCUACAUUCACCGGUGUCAUUUCACCACUGAUGAUGCUGCAUAAUAACACUGCUCCAUGUGGUUAAUGUGUCCUUUGGUAUUACGGAGCAUUUUGUUUAUUUUGUACAGUAUGUCAGUAUGCAAUAGAAGUUUGUACAGCACAUUAUUAUGCAAGGUAAUUUUUUUGUUUGUUUGUUUUUUGGGAGGGGUGUUUUUUUGGGAGUUUGGCAUGCUCAGAUCUACUUUGUAUGUUGUGAAGUGUCCGGAGCUAAUGGAUGUUAAUGGGCACGUGGUAUGUUUUUAACAAUUACAAUACCUUGGUCUGGCUUCCACUGCAGCCACUUUUCAGAGGAAACUGUUACAUACUAUGAAAGUGACUGAAUAUACAGUGUCUGUGUGUUCUAAUAAAGUUCUCAUUUUUAAGUUGGUGCUCUA